CCUCGGCAACAUGGCGCUCGCGACGCUCCAGCUCCGGUCUGGCGCCCCUCCCGCAACGACGACCCCUCGGUGACCGCGAGGACCACCACCUUUUGGACCAUCAGCAACAUCAGUAGUACGAAUCUCUAGGAGUCAGCCCCUCGAGCGAGCACGUCUCGUCUGCUGCCAGCAGCCACGGUAUCGUCGACCAACCCUCCACCAGCAGUAUACUCACCAAUGGUCCAGUUGGGUUGCCGACCCUGGAACCUCAGCCUCGUCAGCGUGAUCGUCCUCGGGCUGACGAACAUGCUGCUGACCUUCCUGCUCCUCCAAUCGGAGAGCUGCGGCCGCUACCGGUUCCUCGUGGCCUCGGCUCCCGAGGACCGCACCCCCCCAGCUGCCAUCGGCCGCCCCGUCGCCAAACAGCCAUGCCCCGAGGACACCACGAGCACGGACGCCACCGGCCAAGAGGGGGAGGAGGACGAGGGGGACACCUACGGGGGAGAGCAGCUGCUGCAAAAGCUCGACGUGCGGCUCGGGCGGUGGGACUCGCGUCGAUUGCUCCAAGCGUUCGACGCGGCCCUCGUGGGCACCCAAUUCGCCGAGCUGUCGUCGAGGGCGCGCGUCUGCCUGGCCACCCAGAGCUCCCUCGAGAAGCUCGGCUCCCUCGUCCAGGUCGUCCACCAGUGGACCGGGCCCCUGAGCGUCGCCCUCUACGCCGCCGGGGACGAGGAGUUUGACCUCCUCCAGCGUUACCUCGCCUACCUGCGCCGAUGCUACGAGCCCAUCCGCCAACGCGUCAACUUCUCGCUCGCCGUGCCCCGUGGACGGCCCCUUCUUUUGCGCGGCAGUGGGGAACAACGGCAGGGGCCCCAGGACAGCCUCGAUUGCCGGAGGCCCGAGGGCACGCUCGCCGAGCUCGUGCGCCGAUUGUCGGCCGAGCAGUUGAGCUGGCGCUCGCGCAACCCCUACCCCCAGAACCACAUGCGCAACUUGGCGCGCAAGAACUGCCAGAGCGAGUACGUGUUCCUGACGGACGUCGACAUUGUGCCGAGCACCAACCUCAGCCGGCAACUCGAGGACUUUUUGGCCCAGCCGGAGCAGUCGCGGUGCGAGAGGUGCGCCUACGUCGUGCCGACCUACGAGCUGGACGCGCGCGUUCGCUUCCCCCAGAACAAGACGGAGCUCGCCAGGUUGGCGCGCAAAGGACUCGCCAGGCCAUUUCACCAAAAGGUCUUCAUCCACAACCAGUUUGCCACCAAUUUCACCAGGUGGAUGCUCGACGUCGGUCCGGGCCAUGCGAGCCACGAGAACGUGCGCACCGGGAGGGCGUACGUCAGCCACGAGGUGACCAACUUUGAGUUCCUCUACGAGCCGUUUUACGUGGCGAGGGACGUGGCGCCGCCGCACGACGAGCGAUUCAUGGGCUACGGGUACACGAGAAACACCCAGGUUUACGAGAUGUACGUCGCGGGUUACAAGUUCAAGGUGCUCUCGCCGACUUUCACGGUCCACUGGGGCCUGCAGACCCGGAAGAGCCGGCCGGCGUGGCGCGAGCGCCAAAACAGCCUCAACCGCAAGCACUUCGAGGUGUUCAAGAAGGAGGUGUUUGCCCGGUACACCCGCGACCCCCUCAAGAUGCUCAAAAGCCACAACUGACCUCGGGUCCCGCGUUUCAUAAUAUUAUCUCCUCGGUUCGCCGACUCGGUCGACGCGUCGCUCGUCUGUUUGCGGAUACGCGCGUCGCUCGACAAACUCGCCCAGUUCGCUCGGGCGCUGCUGAUCGAGUACACCCACCAUCGGAACUACGGGGCCUCGUUGCCUAUAGUGGUUCUUUUUUGCGCCGCUACGGUGCGGCUCAUUCUCACGUGAUACGCGGCAGAUGUACAUAUAUUUAACACAUAACGACAUAAAUCGUGCACGUGUAGUGUGGACAGAGUAUGGACCUAAUGAAAUACAUAUUGUAGGGGUGGAAAGUGCGAGGCCAACGUUAAUUAUUUGACAAUCAGACUAUGUGCACGAGGGGAGGAUACGGUCCAAGUUCUACAUACGCGUAGAAACGUAUACAAAAAUGUUACGUGACUGGCUUUGUAAGCUCACUGUUUUUUUUUUUUAUAAUGCUGGAAUUGACGUAGUUUUUUACAGGUCGUUUACGGUAUAUGGACACGGUGAGCAAAGUUUUUUCUUUUCUGACAUUGUUUAGUCGAGCUUGUAGAUUGAUGAAAAAAAAAAAAAACUGUGGAUUUUGAUUUAGAUGUAUAGGUGCCGAUCAAGUGUAGUCGUGGUGUGAUUUUUUGUAAGUAUUUGUACAUAUUGCAUGGGGUUAACGCGUGAAAAGUGUGGUAGAAAAAUUAACACGUAACCGAAGUAAUCACAAAACUGACUGAUGUAAUAAAAACUUUGGUCGUCGUGUACACGAAUUUUUGUACAUUCGACCCAUAUUUACAGCAGCGGGUGAAAUUAAAUUAAUAUACUCGAAAAAAUUUGCACGAGGCGUUCAUUUCACGAUGUAAUUAUUCAUGAAUUACUUUAAUUGGACGUAGAAUGGAUAUUCAUCUCCGUAAUGUAUAAUAACCUAUGCAUUAAUUGUAAGAAUUUCGUGGACGCGUACGUGAUGGCAGAGCGUAGGUACAACGCUCGGGGUAAAGUUAAUCACAUAGGAGAGAAAGAGAUGGG